UAUAAACAUUUGAGGACAUUUAAAAAUAAUUAAUUAAUUCGCAAAAUAGGAUAUCAGAUUAAUUAAUUUGCUAUUUUAUCAUAAAAAUUAUCCAAAGUGUUAAUUGAACCAUAAACUAAAUAGCUCAUUUUUCCAUUAUGAUGGAGUCAAUUUCUCCAGUAAUUAAACGGAACAAGUAGAAAUUUAAGCUGUUAAAUCAGACUUUGAAUUGAAAAGUGAGAAAAAUAGGUCAAAAUUGAAAACGUAUCUAAUUAGUUAUUUGUGGCUCGUGGUCGGCACGUCAUAGUGACGGCGGAAGCGUGGGGACAGUGACCUGAAUUUCUGGGGGACAAUGUCCCCCCUGUCCCCCGUCUCUGAUGGCUUGUUUAUUAGUUUACUACUCUCUGUUUGGGAUUGUGCACAUUUGAAAAUAAUUCUAGCAUCAUUCGAACUCACAAUUUUAAUUAUGAAUUUGAUAUUUGAACAGAUAUUUGACAUUAAACAGUUUAAUUUAAACUGAUCCGGUCUGGCCAGCUUUAACUAUUUAAGAACCCCAACGUGGAAACUACACUAGCUCUAACAACCAAAGGUUCUAUCCCACACCUUUGGAAGGCCCUAGCUUUAUCACCCUGUGACCGAAAUUCCGGUAAAAAUAAUGGCAUUAAACUGAUCCGGUCUGGCUAGCUUUAACUAUUUAAGAAUCCCAACGUGGAAGCUACACAAGCUCUUAACAACCAAUGGUCCUAUCCUACACCUUCGGGAGGUCCUCUAGCCCUGUCGCCCUGUGACCUAAAUUCCGGUAUAAAUCUUCUGCUGCUUCUGCAAACAUUGUCAAAUUGUUGGAACCCAUUCCAAGCGCGGAUUUAAUGUUUAUCAAUGAUAAAUUAUCAUCGCCGCGUUGAAGUCAAGUCAACUAAUCCAACCAAAGGAUAAGAAACUGGUCAAAGUGUUGAUCAAUGAUGAGAGAUAAGCGCAAAGUGGGAACUUUAGCAGAAAAUCAUACAUAAAUCGAGUCAUGCCAUGGAUGUGAAGCCCCAAAUUCCCCGACUUUCACCGAGUAUAAUAGCGGAAUUCUCCACCCGAUAGUUUUUACAUGAUAUUUCAAGUAAAGUCUUGGAAAAAAUGGAGGACACCAGUCAGAAAAUUGAAGAAUCUUGUUCUUGUUCGUCACCACCUAGUCACCAAUUUCCUGUUGAAUCCGUUCUACUAAAUCCUCUUCUGCUUGGAACUAUUCUCGGAAAAUUGGACCUCGACUGCCUUCUCACUGCUCGACUCGUUUCCACCACGUGGGCGAAAGAAGGGUUAAAAUUGUUGCGAAAAUUCGACCUUAUGUUCCGCCUUCAACCGCAACAUUUUGAGGAUUCUACAUCAACAUUGGCGCAGUUGGAGUCACUCGUUACGGGUGGACGACUCAGUCACACCCUUCUCUUGUCCUUCCAAACCUGCUCCUGGCGGUACUUGGGACCGCAUUUUAAUUUGUUCCACCACAUGGAAUUUGAUUCGCCCGAGUACCAAGCUUAUAACAAAUUUGUACUCGCCGAACAUGAAGCGUUCCACAGCCUUUGCGUGGCCUCCGCCAUGAAUUGCGUCGCUAUAAAUACACUCUUCAAAAUUGGACGUUUUGUAACCGAGCUAAGACUUGAAAUGAGCCUGGAAAAUGAGAAGGAUGCCGCCUAUGUCGUCCAAAUUCUAAUAGCCCUGCCUAAACUUAAGAUUUGUUCGUUGGAUUUCAUCGCAUUUUCAAAUCAAGGAUUCAAAGCUUUGUCGUCGUUGGGCAAAGGGUUAUCGAGUCAGGUGUCCGUGCUGGGAAUACGCUUGGGAUUGAAAUAUCGGAACCACGAGGUACUAAGUCAAAUCGGGGCUAAGCAUCUUAUGAGCACAUUUUCCCGGUCCAAUAUUGAAACCCUUGACCUAACCGGAUGGGAACAAUAUGGGCGAGUGAACCAGGAUUUUAAAGCUUCUGGGUCGUAUUUAGUAGAAGCUAUUGCUUCUCUCAUUCAUGAUGACGCCACAAAUUUUGCCCGGUUAAGUAAUUUCCCCGCAGCCUGACAAGACUCCAUCUCUUCGUCUACAGUAAUCUUGGGGGGCAGGGUGUCCACAAAUUUCAUCAUUUAUACCCCAUUUUAGAGCAGCAUAGUGCCACCCUAAAAAAUCUGAUCUUGUGGUGGGUCGAACGUAGCAAACCGUAUGAAUGGUACACACCCAUUUCACUCCCACAGCUACGGGUUCUUACGUCUUUGGAAUACUGUUUUUAUUGUUACUCCGAGGGAUUUAUUUCCUGUCCCGUACCAGGGGAGAAUUUGGACAAAAGAAGUCUCUGGGACGUGAUGUGUCUCAGAAAGAUUUUCAUGGGUACCCUUCGCCACACUCUUCCUUGUCUUACCAACCUGAGUGUUUUCCUAUUUUACAUUGGACGAUCCGACGAUACAGAAAUUUGGGAUUACAUUUUUCCCCUUCUGGACGCCGACGGAAACGGCCCUUUAGUUCACGAGCAGCUCAAAGUGCUCAACAUUUCGUUGGUGGCGGAAUGCAACUCGACCAUGCUGAAUCGACUGGGGACAACAACCUUCCCCAGACUGGAGACACUUCGACACGUAAAAUUUAAAGAUGAAUCGUCACGUUACGUGACAGAUUGUGCUCAUCGCUUCGACGACCGACGCCAAGAAGGGCAGCGUUCAUGGACGUGUUCGUCUUCUUCUAAAAACAAACCAUCGUCCAGUAUGAACGGAGUGCUUUGGGAUGAAUUGGAGCCCGACAUUGAAGAAAGUAUAGGUGGAUAUGCUUUCCCCAUAAGCCACCUUUUAAGAGGGGAUGAUAUAAAUCCUCUAACUGUACUGUCGUAUUAAAUUUAGAAGGCAAAAAUCACAUGGACAUUCGAAACCUGCAGGUUAUCGAAAAAUUGUUGAAAUAUGUACGAACAAAGACCAAAAUAUGUACGAAAAAAAUGAUAAGAAUUUUCGAAAAAUUUGUAAUUUAAAUUUAAUACGCUAUAUACAUUUUUUGGGGGGUCUAAUUUCUUUGAGGAGACGAAGUUCGUUGAAAUAUUUACGAAAUGUAUGUAUUUUGGGGAACAUAUUUAUGUAUGUAUUUUUCAAAUAAUAGUGGAAAUAUUUAUACGUAUGAUAACCUAGAAAUAGCAAUAUGUAAAAAAAAUUUGAUAUUUUUGUAAUCUAUACUAAAGAUAAGUAAAAGUUAAUGAAUGCAGUGAUGCACGUACAAAGUUUGACUUGAAAAAGUUGAAAAUAAAUGCUUGUCAAGCCUUUACUAAAUCAA